CACCACAAUCAAAUUAAGCUGUACUGCUGUUCCAUAGCCGAGCACAGUUAUGCUAGGUCUUCUCUAGAUGUUGCUUCUGUCUAAGGCACAUCUGAUAUUUGUUGAGAAAAAAAGAUGUCUGCCUUUGUUGGAGCAUUACUGGUAUUAACAGCAACAUCACAAGGAUCUUUUGCAGUCACUGUCUCUGCAUGCAGAGCCAAACCCAACCACACUGUCCAGUGCUAUGGAGCUUUGGGGGGAUCUGUCAUCCUACAUCUGGACAUUGGCAGCACGGUUAUAGAUGUGCUAGUGAAAAAAGGAAACAAUAUGAUUCUGAAAUAUAAAAACAGGACCGCACUGAAUUAUGACCACACCAACAACACAAAGUAUUUCAAGAAUGGGACAAUGAAGUUGGACCGAGCUUCGAAAAACGAUUCUGGGGAAUACAGCAUAGAUGUUCAUAAUGCGAAGGGAAGGUGGCAGUGGAAUAGCAGAAUACAACUCAUCAUUCAAGCCCCCCUGUCUAAGCCGGUCAUAUCCCAGCUCUGCUUACCUCAUGGAGAAGUCAGGGUGUCCUGUUCUUCAGAUGGUGAUGUCACUGAGUACAACUGGACUCUGGGACACAAGCCACUGGAUGGAGGUGUGGCCUACCUGAAAGAUGAGAAGGACACUGUCAUUCUGAAGAAGAACGUGCCCGAAAACAUCACUUGUUCUGUCAGGAAUCAUGUCAGCCACAACUAUACAACGGUUCGACGGUUUGCCUGCCCAGCUCAAACCUGCACUUUGGCAAAUGGGACGGAGGUUACAGUCAGUGUGAAAACUGGUGAAGAUUUUCAGCCUCUCUUGAACAUCAAGGAGGUUUUAAUCUCUGUUGGUGGGAGCGAGCCUGUAUCUGCAGUCUGUAACUGGGAAGAAAUAAACCAAGAUACCUCUACAGGAGUGAUAUGUGAGGGAAUUAUAUUUCUGUCUCUAGCCGUCUGUGCAGUCAUCAUGGUUUUUGUACUGGCAUCAAGAAUGUACUGUCUCAACCGAAAAAGAAACAGAACUGGGAUUACAGGUGAAGGUGAUAACCACACCCAAGAACUGGUCUACACUGAGAUUGUAUGCCGCAGCAGGGUAAAGGUGGGGAGAGGGAAGGAGAAGGAGCAAGAAACCACAACCAUUUAUGAAAAAAUUACAGCUCCUGGGACGCUUGACCACACGCGGGGGAGAGCCCACGGCCAAGAGGAUGUUGUGUAUGCCAGAGUUCAAAACAAACAAAAUCAGCCAAUCACAGAGCAGAUGCCAUAGACUGGAUGAACCAAUCAAAAGGUGUGAAAAAUAGCAUGUGACAAUCAAAGGGUGGAACGCACAAAUAGCACAGCCUGUUGGUUUGUUUUGCUUCUUUUAAUGAACUGUGUGACCUACUAUUUUUAAAAGGUACUUACAACAUAAGCUGAAAAAGAUAUAGUAUAGAUGUACAACUAUCAUGUACUGUAUAUUUUAGUAAAAUGUAUACAACAUGUAUAAUUUAGUACAAUUUGUGUAUAUUGUCCUUUAUUGAAAUGGAAUAUACUGAUAAUAUUCACGGACACACACACACACACACACACACAUAUUCUUUUGUAGGACCAGAGGGUGUAAAGACAGUCACAUUGCUUGAUAGAUUGUUCUAUUUUCUGCAAAUUUGUAAUGAUUAUAAUUGCUUUUUUUUCCCCCUUUGAAAUGCUAUACAAGUACAUAUAUUGCAGUUAUUAUAGUUAUGAUAAUUUUGUUCAGUAAAAUUUUAACAUUGCUCAAUUACCUGAAAUGUUAUUUUUGUUCACCAAACUUUAUACUGUAAAUAAAAAAGUUACAUUUUU